AAGUGCCAAUCUCAAUCUACGUCUGUCUUCCUGUGCAAGUAGAGAAAAUUAAUCUCAACCCUCUACCUUUGCAAUGGGCAAACUGCGGAUCACGUUGACAGCGCUCGCAAUUUCAGUCCUGAUGUUUUAUACGCAUCCAGCUGGAGCCCAGUGCGGAAAAUGUGAUUCCAAGUUCGUAGAGAGUGCACUGCUGAAAUGCAAACCAUGCCCCGUUUGUAAAUUUGCCUGCUUUCAGAGCACAUGCUGCUAUGCUUUAGGGACUCUAGGCAACGUCACGGAUGCUUGCAUGUGCAAAGCUAUCUACAAUCUUGGGCUGGAAUCUAUCGGGCUCAAUGAUCAGUUUCGGCUCUGUUCCAGAAACCAGACGGUCCGGAAAUUAAAUUGCUGUUUGCCCACAUAAAAGUCGAAUAAUGGUCGACGAUGGGACAGAUCGCGAUCGAUAUCAACACGAUUCAGUGGUGAGGAUCUUGAGUACAUAUAUUACUUCUUCCGAUAGGCAAAGAUCAGAGGUCUAUAGUUCAUAUUAAUGUUGAGCUUCUUCGUGGUGAGCUCUGAUGCAGUUGCUACAGCUGAAUUAUAAUGAACAGAAGAAGCAGAAGGGCAUCAUGAGAACACAACAUGAUUCUUGCCAGUUACCUGCAAUAUUUGUUAUAGUAAUCCAGCACGAGGUUUUAAGAUGCAUUCUCUUAUAUGUCCAAAAUAACGUGAGAGGAGAAGCUCUGAAUCAGAAGCCUGGACAUUUUCAUUUUUAAUAAAUUAUCCUCGACCUGCAGUAUUCAAGGAUUGAAAAAUAUCACCCAAGAAGAGGAUUGCAUGAAAACAACAAUGAUCCCUAUCACCUCCAUGUUUCAGACAGAUGAUUCAAAUCUGUAGCAUUGCAGGAUCAGCAAUUAGUAGGAAAGCGAGUUAGCUGGACUUUCCCUCCAACAUAUUCAGGCAAUCAAUCUAUUUCCAUCCCGUUCUGCAUUCUUUGAGGUGCAGUGUUGAGAUCGUACGUAUAGCUGUAGGGCAACAAACAGAUUCAGACUUGUAAUGACACCCGCUGAUACACAAGGAUGUGGAAGUCAGGAAGUACGUCGAUAGUUUUCCAUCCUACUUUAGUUUUGCAAUCCAAUAUAAAUAUUUGCACUCUGGGAUAUAAUUUGCUACAAAAAUUCGAUCACACCCAAAACAUUUGGCCCGGCUGAGUGUCCCCUACUCGUUAAAUUGUAGUGUGAAAACUACACAAUCGCA